GGAGCAUCCUCCGCGCAGCCUGAGAGCCGGGUGUGCGCCCGCUUGCCCCAGGAGAAUCCCCCCUUCUGACACCCGUGCUGCUGUUUCCUUGUCUCUCCAGCGCAGCCGCUCCUCGGACGAGGCGGCGGACAGGUCCCCGAAGUGAAGGGAAAAUUCUGAAAUGCAGAAAAGUUUAUUUGCUGCCGCAAAUGGGAAUCUGGAAUAAUUAUGAAAAACACACUGAAAUAAUUGUGUUUGACUGGAACAAAAUUCUUGCAAAGUCCCCAAGGAUGAGAUUCUGUGCCAAAUCUAUGCUUCUAUCUGACUGGCUCUUUCUGGUCUAUGUGUUAAUGGUCUGCUGUAAAUUGUUGUCCGCCUCAAGCCACCAUCCCCGGGGACACACAGGCCAGCACCAAGUCAAGCAAGGGACAUGUGAAGUUGUGGCAGUGCAUCGUUGCUGCAAUAAGAACCGUAUUGAAGAACGAUCACAAACAGUCAAGUGUUCCUGCUUCCCGGGGCAGGUGGCAGGUACAACAAGGGCUCAGCCCUCCUGUGUGGAAGCUUCCAUUGUCCUACAGAAGUGGUGGUGUCAUAUGAACCCCUGUUUGGAUGGAGAGGACUGUAAAGUACUACCAGACUAUUCAGGUAACACGGUAGCAAAGAAUAAACCUGUGGGUCACUACCAGAACAAUGGCAUGUGCAACUAUUGCUUGGCUGUUACACAGAGACCCUUUUUGACAUGA